AUGCUGAAUGACAAAGUGAUGAAUGAUGAAGAUUUUCGAAUCAAAGAAGAAAUUAACACUUCUAAUGAUGCUAAAAAAGGUGAACGUGACUGCAUGUUUGUUGCAAGUAUACUGAAAGGAAAGCCAAGAUAUUAUAGUGGAUCAAAGAACAUUAGGCAACGUGAAUUUUUAUGUUGUAAAGAGGGUUUUAAAGUAGACGAAGACCCUUUUGAAGAGAAAAAAUUGAAUAAGCUGGAGACUAGAACUGGUUGCAAAGCAUUUGUUCGUUUAACUGUUGAAGAUGGAAUUUGGAAGGUUACUACCUUCAAUCCUGAACAUAAUCAUGAACUUGCAUUACAAUCAGAGCGACAUUUGCAAAGAUUUGCUCGUCACAUUUCAAAACCGAAGGCAGAUGUGAUUGAUUCUAUGGUAAAUGCAGGUAUAAGCACAAAGAAUGCUUAUUCAUAUCUAAGAGAAGAAGUUGGAGGCAAUGAGAAUGUGGGUUUUACCAAAAGGGAUUGCUAUAAUUAUGUGAACAAGCAAAAGAUGACGAUGAUUAGUGUUGGAGAUGCUCAAAGCCUAUUGAAUCAUUUUAAGAAGAAACAUACAGAAGAUCCGAUGUUCUUUUUCAUAGUUCAAGUAGAUCAAAAAAAUCGCAUGACUAAUUUUUUCUGGAGAGAUAGGAGAUCAAGGGUUAAUUAUGAUUGCUUUGGAGAUGUGGUUGUUUUUUAUACCACCUAUCACACCAAUAAGUAUAAUUUGAUUUGUGCUCCAUUUGUUGGUGUUAACCACCAUUGGCAAAAUGUGAUGUUUGGUUGUGCUUUCCUUUUGGAUGAAACCACUGAUUCAUUUAUAUGGUUGUUUAAAUCAUUUUUAGAAUCAAUGGGGAAUCGAUCUCCAAUUACAAUUUUUACUGACCAAGAUAAAGCCAUGUCUAAUGCUAUUCAAGUAGUGUUUCCAAAUACACAUCAUCGACUAUGUUUGUGGCAUAUUUUGAAAAAUGCUCCUUCUCAUUUGGGGGAAUUAAAUACUAGCACAGAGUUCAAGUACCUUUUCAACAAGUGCAAAAAAUAUUGUGAUUCUACACUAGAAUUUCAACAAACUUGGGAUAACGUGAUACAAAAGUUUAGUUUGGAGAGUCAUCGAUGGCUUAAUAUGAUGUACAAGAUUCGACACAAGUGGAGCACUGCAUGCACUAAGGAUAGCUUCACUGCUGAAUUUAAAGCUUCCUCAAGGAGUGAAAGUACAAAUAAUGUUUUGAAUAACAUAGCAGUGGCAGGUAUGCGUUCUUCAGAGUUGGAUGAAGAUUUUGGAUGCAAGCAAGGUGCCCCUCAAAAACAAGUUGAUUGUCAAGAUACAGUUGAUGUCUUUGAGUUGAAAGAAGAAAAUAGUGAAAGGGUACAUAUUGUUCACUUUGAUCAUCUCACUAACAACAUUUCUUGUUCUUGUAAGAAGUUUGAAUCAUUAGGAGUUCUUUGUUGUCAUGCAUUGAGGGUUUUUAGUGUAAAAAAUUUGACUGCAAUUCCAAGUCAAUAUAUUUUGAAACGUUGGGCAAAAGAUGCCAAGAAAGGGAUUAUGGCUUAUGAACAACGUACCAAUUCCAUUGCGAAUGCAAAAGAGGCUGAGAUCAUAUGGCGUAAUAGUAUGAUACGUAUAGUUAAUACAACUAUAUACAAGAGUCAAGGGAAUGAUAGCCUUAAGAACAUUUGCCAGAAGAUACUUAUAGAACUUGAUGAAAAAAUUGAAAGGGAGUUUGAAAGGUUGAGAUUGGGUACAGAUAUGCAUAUUGAAGAAGAUCAAACCGUACAAUGUGAUACUACUAACAUGUCAGUGUUGGAUCCCCCACAAGCAAGAUCGAAAGGAAAAUCAAAACAAGUAAAGCAAGGACCAUCACAUGCCUCACUUGCUGUCACAUAUGAUAUAACAAUCUUCCAACCACCAAAUGGGUCCCCUUAUGUAAGACCAGCAGAUGCCAACAUACAUGGUCAAUCUCACCCACCAUGGGCCAUGCAUACUCAGGAUAUGGACUUUGCAAAUAUUCCUUUUACAACUAUGUUGCAAAGUGUCGAUGUUGUAAACCAAUUUAGUCAGAAAAAUGAUAGUCACGCAGAGAAGCUACGAAAGCAACUUUGUUGCCAUUGCUGCAUAAGAGAUUACAAGGAAAGGGAUGCCAUUGCUGCCAAAAAUGUGAAUGAAAGGGAUGUUUAA